AUAGGCAACCGGAAAUGUGAAAAACUUAAAAUUUCAAAUGUUAGUUAAAUUUGUAUCAGCUUGUUGUUGAGAGGCGAUUUAUUGUAUUGAAAUAUUUUAUCCAGGAGUUAAUUUAUUAAGAAGAUUCUUCAUUUUUAAAUUUAUCAUUUAGAAAACUUGCAUAAUGUUCCAACCAUAUCUGAAACUAGUGUUCAGUUUUUUAAUGCAUUUCUUCAAACGUUCUGUCUAUGAAGUUAAUAAACUAGUUUCACGUAAUAAUAACUGCAAAGAUCAGAAUUAUUUAAAAUUUUCUGAAAAUGCUUGGGACAUCGACCAUUAUGUUUUUCAAGUUAAAAAAACUAACUUUCUGCAUGAUUUUAUUAAAAUAAAUGGCGAUAUGGAGCUCAAUGGCAGAAUCGAAGGCUUAAAAAAUAUUAAUAUUAUCCGUUACAACUAUUGCUACGAUGACAAAGUCCUAUGCAUGAUGGCAGAAUUCGAAGCAAGUGAAUUAAGGAUACAUUAUGAUGGAAUUAUAAGGCUUGCAAGCAUUGGUCUAGGAUUUCUUGUGAGAGCUAUUUUUAAGAAUGUAAAAAUUCAAAUUAAAUUCAAAAUUUAUCCACUCCAACGUAUAACAUUUUACCUCGAUGAGGUAAGGAUUGAUGAUUUGAAAGUAAUAGUCAGUGUUUCUGGACUGAAUAUAAUUAGUUGGAUGAUUAAUUUAAUAAUUAAUUAUGCCAUUAAAGUAAUAUCUUUCAUAAUUCUAUGCGUUAUAGAGUUUCACACCAAGUGUUAUUUAAAUAAAACUUUUUCGAAGCUUUAUUUCUCUCAAGAUUAUGUACUAGAAAAAGUUUACAGAAAGUUGAAAAAAUAUACUUCGGCAGAAAUUGAACCUUGUUUGAACUAUCUAGCUGAAAUUGAAAUUGCACGCGAAAUAUUACUUAAAAAAAUCAAGUUCGGACCUACAUCCCAUUUUUAUAAUCUUAUUACUGGGCUGUUCGAGUUCAAUAAAGCUUUUAACAAGGCUGUCAUAGCACAAGAAUUGAAUGAAAGUUUUAAAGAUUUCCCGUGCAACGCUUUACACUUGGAAACAUCUGAAUUGGAUCUAAGUUUCCCCCAAUCAAGUGAAAGUGAAUCUGACACUAGUUCUUCAAUAAGUAGCUAUUCUGGAUUUGAUAAUUGUGGCCAAGAAAAUACAAUAAAUUCGAAUGAAGGAAAUUCAAAAAGGGAUUCAUACUCGACUGAAACUGUCUCCACCUUCAGUGGAUUUAGUUCCGAUUAUGGACAUAGUUAUCAUAAUGGCUGGUGAAGAUGUCGUCCAUUUGGAAUCUUGUCUUCAGAAUAAUUCUCAUGAUGAGAGUACCUUCAUGAAAUGAAAUAAAAACCAGAGUGAAAAAAAUACGAUUAUCAAGCAGGAAAUUGUAAUUAGAACUUUUUUACUCAAAUUCAGAACAUCAAUGAUGACAUUGUUACUCCACCUGAAAGCAACAUCAUUAUUGAAGAUAUUACUCAAUCUGAGAACUUCAGAGAAAAAAAAAACUCCUAAAUUUGAAGAAAUUAUGCAUUCAAUUUUUGAAGUUUCUCGCUAAUUAAAGCCACAGUUCAUUUUUAUGAAGAUAAGAGAUUUGGAUUGAAAAACAAAAUAGACAAGUCUCUAUUUAAAACUAUCGUUUCACGAUUUGAAAUUUCGACAUCUCAGACAUUUUUUCAAAAAUAAAAAACCACCGAAUCUGAGAUCCCUAAAAAAUUAAAAACUUCCAUUAAUAAGGUGUCAGCAACCUAGUGUUUUCAAAAGGCCAACUCAAUUGUUAAUAUAUUACUUGAUUUUUUUUUCCAAUUUGUUUGGAAUUUAUUUCAAAAUUCGAAUGCUAAAAGUUCGUAAAUUUUUUUCAUUCAUAUAUGGUAAACUAUCCUAUAUUUAGAACUCUGAUACUCGAAUGUUUUGAAUUUAGCGUGCUCGUUAAAUUUCAUAUUCAGAAGGCCUAAAAAGAGUAUUGUUUUGCUUAAGAGGCUUUUACCCUCUCCACGUUGUAAUUUAGGUUAAUUUUUCGACUUGCAUUUUCUUUAUUUUUUUAUUUCUUCUUAUUUAUUUGCUAAUAAAAUUUUGACGCAGUAUUUGACAGAAGCUUUUAAAAGAGAUAAAAAAUAACACUUUAAAGGGAGAUAAGUUUUAGAACUUCCAUGGAAUAUUGAACUAUAACUAAAAAUGAUGCUAUUUGUGGUUUUUUAAUCAGUCCUUUCAGUUUAUGGAUUUUUUUUAAAUUAAAAUUAAUUCUAGUUUAAACUGACAAAAACAGAUUUGGACAAUUCUCACUACGUUCUCUGCACAAAAACAAAGAUGUUUAUCGAAAAUCUGAAAACAGACAACCGUAUACUAUUUAACUACUUUUCAAAAAAAUUAGAAUUGCAGAAUCGUAAUGGUGUAAUCUUGUCAGAAAAAAGUUAAAAAGAAUCUAUAAUGCCGCAUGCUUUUUAUCUCAAAUUCUGAUUGUGUGACGGCCUUUAUACUUUACUGGUAAUAAAAAGUACUGUCUAAUAAAGAUCCAUCAUUUUAUUUGUAAAAAUUAUAUAAAAAAAGAUUUCAAAGGAUAUUGAGGACUUUCAGUCUUGGUCUUCAUACCAUCAGUCCAGAAUUUGAUGUCAAUUAUUUACUGUGUUUUUCAUCUGUUUGUUUACAACUAUUGUUUUUCUUAAAUAUUUAUUUUCAAAAUAUAUUGAAUAAAGUAAGUAUAAUUCAAAAAGAA